CACUGGAUCCUUCCACGACCCCAUGGAUUUUGCAACAUUUUGUAACACUUUACUGCAACACCGUGUCUGUAGAACGUAGCCCCGUGGGUAACAGCGUGCUGACGUCAGACGUGUGAACAACAAACAGUUGUUGGGACUUCAACAAGCUAGCGAAUGGCACUGCCAGAAAAACAGGUUGAACAGACUGGUGCCAAAGACAGGGGGACCUACGACCUAUAACCGGUCUGGAUAUAUUGAGCCAUACCGCAUUAUUGUUGGCACUGUAGUGCCGUAAAAUCUACUGCCUUUGUACGUGUCGUUUAGCUGUGACAUUAGCUUUGGGAAACAUGCUCGGAGUGUGACGCCUGUUUUUUUUUUUCGUGGCUGCCGCUGGUUGAGGGCUGUGGGAUGUGAAGCCGAGCUGCUGCAGCGGCAGCAGUUGGAGGAGGAGGACACUGGGUGAGACAACAGCAGGACAUUUUUGGUUUUUGUUUUUCUCAUCACAACUGGAGACUGGACACUGUCGGGGGGUUACUGACGACAGAUAUGCGAGCACACACGGGCCUGAAUGUCAUUCUUGGCCAACAACUUUAGCAGGCUAGCUCACGUUAGCUCCGCUCAAAUUCAUGCAAAUGAAUCGGUUUCGUGUAGGACAAGAGGCUCAUUUUGCUCGCGUAAUGGAGACGUUCUGAGUGCUUCGUUCAUUUCACUUGACCUACUACUGCUUGUAAAUUCUGCCGACAAUGUUCUAAUUAACACGGAGCCUUGGGUCGGUCCUGUCAUGAAGACAUUAUUGGCAAAAAAUUAACCAGUAGUAGUUGGCUUGCUAGGUGAUUUAGAAGCAAACCUGCUUGGUUUGACAAAAAUCCUUACUGACGCAUUUUCUUUACGGUUUGCUGUUUUAUCACGCACUUUAACAAUUCUUUACACCAAUGCCCCAUUGCCGUACCUAAAUUAAAAUUGUAUUUAAAUAUUCACAACAGAACAACUCGUUAAGAUAUUGGUAUAAUUAUCCUUUUGCACUUAAAUAUGAUUUCUUUAAACGAGCACUUCUACAUAUGACCUUCUGAGACCACAGACAGGCUUCUCAACCAGCUCCUAGUAACUGUUUUUAUAACAGAGUUUUUAGACUGGCUGGCACAAGUAAGAGAUACGUUUCACAGGAAAUGAAAUCAUGAAUAUUGAAGAACAGUGUUUAGAUUUAUGCAAUGUUAAGACAAAAGGUAACAUUGAUGAACAAAACACUUCAAGUGACACAGAAAGCGUCACUUCGCGAAUCUCUGAACUGAUGACAGACAGUGAAAGAGAAAAUCAAAAAAUUGUUCCCACGGCGGUCUCUGAAACCUACAUGAUGCCACAGUUGACCGACAACCGUCAGGCGGGUGAGGAGAAUAACCACCAAGUUCACAACACACUGGAAAUUGAUGAGGUGAAUGGAAAUGGAACCAGCACUGCCCUAGACACCUCUGUGAUAGCUAAUCCAACUGACUUCUUCUACUCUAAUGAGCAGCACAUGGACAAUAUUGGAGUGGAAAUAAUGAAGGUAGAUAAAGACACUGAUGCUGUUGUCAGCGGAGGGGCCAGUUGUGGGGACAUUGAAAUUGGCGUGGCCCUGAGCCCAGAUGACACUGGGGUGUUGGAUGUUGAACCCACAAAUGACAGAUCAUUGUCGGACAAUACUUUAGAUUCUGUGCCAUCAUCUCAGGAUGAUCCACCUGCCAGCACGACAGAAUGCCAAGCAAGCUUCACAGAGACUCCCUCUACAAACCAGGUUGGACUGUACCCCUCUGUGGAGGAGGAGAAUGGAAAACACAAACCAAGUGGCAAAAGGGUGACAUUUCCUUCAGAUGAGGACAUCGUCUCUGGAGCAGUGGAGCCAAAAGACCCCUGGAGACAUGCUCUGAAUGUGACAGUGGAGGAGAUCCUCUCUUCCUACAAACAGGCUUGUCAGAAACUCAACUGCAAACCUAUUCCAAAAGUGCUUAAACAGAUACAGGAAUUAAAAGACCUGACACAGCGGAUUGAAUGCUUAGAUUUAAAAGGUGAGAAGCUGGACUACAGAGCAUGUGAGUCUCUGGAGGAGAUUUUGAAGCGAGUUCAGUUCAAAGUGAUUGACCUGGAGCAGACGAACCUGGACGAAGACGGUGCCUCAGCUCUGUUUGACAUGAUCGAGUACUAUGAGUCAGCGACACAUCUGAACAUCUCCUUCAACAAACACAUUGGGACACGUGGAUGGCAGGCCGCAGCUCACAUGAUGAGAAAGACAAGUUCACUGCAGUAUCUUGAUGCACGGAACACUCCUCUGCUGGACCACUCAGCCCCCUUUGUGGCCAGGGCUCUCAGGACCAGUGGCAGCCUGGCAGUCCUUCACUUGGAGAAUGCUGGACUGUCAGGCAGGCCACUGAUGUUGCUGGCUACGGCUCUGAAGAUGAACAUGAACCUUCGAGAGCUGUACCUUGCAGACAACAAGCUGAAUGGGCUGCAGGACUCAGCCCAGCUUGGCAACCUGCUCAAGUUCAACUACAACAUCCAGAUCCUUGACCUGCGUAACAAUCACAUCUUAGAUUCUGGUCUGGCCUACUUGUGUGAAGGACUGAAGGAGCAGAGGAAAGGUCUCGUCACGUUGGUGCUAUGGAACAACCAGCUUACACACAAUGGCAUGGGUUUCCUCGCUGCUGCACUGCCAUGUACUCAGAGUCUGGAGACCCUAAACCUGGGCCAUAACUCAGUGGGUAAUGAAGGUAUCCACAAACUGAAAGACGGGCUGAUUGCCAACCGCUCUGUGCUGAGGCUCGGCCUUGCUUCCAUCAAACUGUCCUGUGAAGGAGCUGUUGCUGUAGCUGAAUUCAUCGCUGAGAGCCCCCGACUGCUUCGCCUGGACCUACGGGAGAACGAGAUCAAGACUGGUGGGCUCAUGGCCUUGUCGCUUGCUCUUAAAGUCAACACCUCUCUGCUGCGUCUCGAUCUGGACCGGGAGCCCAAGAAAGAAACUGUGAAGAGCUUCAUUGAGACCCAGCGUGCUCUGCUAGCUGAGAUUCAGAACGGCUGCAAGAGAAACUUCAUACUCGCCAAAGAGAAGGAGGAAACUGAGCAGAACAUGAGACAGUCUGCAUCCAUGGCUGAAAUUGCCACAGAGGACGGAACCAAAGAGGAGGAGGAAGAAGAAACAGUUUCAACAGAAGGUGUUGACAAAGAGGAGAAACAGGGAGAAGAAAGAGAAGAGAGAGAGAAAACGGGAGAUGAAGAACAGGUAGACAAUCAUUCAGGAGUCAGCUGUGUGACAAACAUAGAAUCAGACUCAGACACUGAGGAUGAAGAAGAGGAAGUGACAUCAUCAUACACUUGCCCCAGUCAGGCUGCUCCUAAAACCCAGACUGGGGCUGCACAGCCAUGCCUCAGUGCCUCACAGACCUCUUCUCCACAAACGAAAGAGUCCACUGCUGCGGGACCUAGUGUCCUUUCAGGCAUCACUGUCACAGAAGCUAAGGCUCCACCUGGCAAUCCUCCCUCUCCUGGUCGCUGUAUAUCAGUUUCAAGCCCGGGGAGGGGUCACAAGAUCUUCAUGGUGACCCGGGUGGAAAGCCCCCCCGAGCAGAAGCAACAGCAGCAGCAGCCGCUGCUUCACUUUACAGCGCAGGCAGCCCCCAGCCAUAGUAAAGAAGCCUUAGAAAAGCCUGUUGAUGCAGACACCCGACCAAAUGCACAGCAGAUGCAGCCGACACCUGCGUCUCCAACACCUACACCCCUGCUCACGCAGACAGAGGACUGUAAACUGACAGAGCAGAGUCCUGUAGCAAACCCAGACUCUGUACCCAAUACUACACUGUCCCAAACACUAGAGCCAGAGGCAUCACAGCAAGCCCGUGAGAACGUUCGAGCUUCUUCUCUAGAGCCAAAUCUUCAAGCACCAGCCCUGCCUUUAGGUUCCUCAGCAGAACAAGCUGUAGCAUCUCUUCUCAAUGAGAACGCACAAAGCCAGCAAACCCAGUCCUCUGGUGUGGAAUUAGAGAAGUGCAGAGAGGAGAAAGACGGUGCCACAGAAGAAGGCCAGGAAGUGUCUCCUCCUUCUUCCGCAGAGAAAGGAGAUGAAGAAAUGUGUCCAACCCAUGUCACGCCCUCAGAAGUGGAGAACCAACAGCCUACGUCCUCUUCUGAGCAGCACCAGGAUGAAGAAGCGUUUUCAUCUCCAGAAGAGAAACUGUCACUACGGCGACAAGAAGAGGAGGCAGUAGAGGAGGAACUUCCACGGCAGGAAACAACGGACAGUUCAUCGCACACCAGAACUCUCACAACAACGCAGCAGGAAGACAAUCAGACAACACACGAGGAGCCCAGCCCACAGCAGCAGGCUGAGGCAGAUGAUCAGAAGGUGGACUCUGGUCUCCUCAUCAUGUCGGAUCAAAACACACCGUCUGCAGCAGUGGACGCAGAUCCUGUAGAGAAUCUAGAGUCUACAGAAACCAGGGUAGUCUCCCAGGUGGAGGUGGAGGAUUCGCCCGACGAGAGCUCUGCCGAUGAGAUGGAGUCUUUUGCUGACACCCUGGACGGAGAGGUGGUCGGUCCACUCCUGCCCAACGGCCUGAAGACCGAGUUCUCCCUACAUCUUCUGGAUGCUGAAAAUCCCAAACCUGGGAGCUGUGUGAUGGAGCACGUGAGUGUCAGCUGUGGACAGGAGCUGGAAGAGCUGCUGUUAGAAGCCAGUUUGGACACAGGAAGAGACGGACCAUGAGGUUACAUGAGGACCAAGAGGACAGAAGACCAGGGCAGUCACGUGGUUGUGGUCCAGUGACCACCCUGCAGUGUUUUGGUUGAUUCACUGACUUUCCCACCAAAGCUCCUUUAAAGUACAGAAAAGGCUAAUGUUUCUGUCACAGCUCCGUGUAUACAAAAAAUAAAUAAAUAAAUAAAAUAAAAUAAAAUGGACCAUGAUGCAAAAAGAAUCUUCUACAUCAACACUACACAGCCGUGUGCACACCGAGUGAGAGAAGAGGGAAGAGAGAUCGUCUCACCCUGGUAUCACUACGUUUUUGUUGAGCUGCAAUACUGACACAAAAGCAAUUUGCUGUUUAAGAAAGAAGAGCCUUACAGACGGAACAAGGAGGACAAUGCUAACCAAAGACAGAAGACACAGCUUUCUCUCAGUCUGUAUUUACUCACUGGUGUUCAUUAGCAAAUAAGGAAUUUUCGCAACAUAGAGGGCGGGAGAUUGGAGGUUGAGGAAAAUGACAUCGUCCAAGCUGACCCUCCUGAACUGUCCCACUGGAUCUGCUCCUGAAGUGGACUAUAAUCUUCACAAAAACCUGAAGAUGUUGGUGUUUCUUUUUCUCUGUUUAAAUGUAAUGUUCUUGUCCUCAUUCCCAUUCAUUCUCUGUCCAGAAUGGAACAAACAGCUCCACAGGAUCUUUGCCAAAGGGACUUUCUUUCCUCAUGUCUGUCCUCUCUUGUCUUUUGUUCACACUGGACCCUCAGGAAUCUUGCUCUGCUCCUGCUUCUCUGCCAGCGCCUCCUCAUCUAUGUCAGAUUCGGACAUGCAGGAGCUGGAACUGCUCCUUUAUUUUAUUUUAUUUUUUUUGCCUCUACUAAACUGAAUUGCAGCAACAAACACACAACUUCUGUGGAUGACAUAAUAAAAACAACAAAACAAAACAGUGCUGUAGGUUCUUGGUUGGUGUAGAUUUUUGGGGUUUUCCUCCCGGUUCUCUGAACCUCUAGUCUUUGUUGUUAAUGUUGUGGAACUGAUCAUCCACCUCCAAUUUCAAUUAUUUUUUUCUUUCUCAUCUUCCAUUGGUGUUCUGUCCAUCUCACCUCACUGUUCAACACUCAACACUCACCAUCCAUGCUGGUUAUUUUCCCCCAGCUGUCUUUAGGAAAUAAAUUGUUUUCUAUUUAUUUUAUAGUAAAGAGAUUUUUUUCCUCAUAUUUCCCCCUGUCUUCACACCUUCCUUUUUUAUAUCCUUUAUUAUGGGUUGCUUUUUUAAGGACAAUUCCUUUUUUGAUGUAUAUUUCAGCAGCAGACUAGAGUAAGUGUUUUGGGGUUCUUUUUCUGCGAGGAAUUGUAAACACAAUUAAAUAAAUUGACUAUUCAAUGCAUACGAUGCAAAUGAAAAAUUACAUAAACUUCCUUGUUGGAAACACUACGGUGCUGAGUGAAUCAACAGCACUGCUGCGUGUCUUCACCCUUCAGUGGAGUCAGUAAAAAUCAUUCAGAUGUAACACUAACAAAUGUCCCGUUCUGUCCAAAUCUGAUCCUGAAAUGGAGAUUGUUUGCAUUUACACAAAAUGUUACUGUAUUAGUACUGUCUCUGAAAAGACACGAGCAGGUGUGGUCUCUUCCUCCCCUCCAUAAAGAAUUUGCCCCAAGUGUUUGUAAUGCUUUAAUUUUUAAGAAAUUUUAAUAAUUUGUUAACUUAAUUGCAAUAUGCCGGUAAUCACCAGGAUAUGUAAAUCCAAAUCCAUUUUUUCUCUCAAAUAAAUGCAUGUAAUGACCA